UUCAAGCAUUUGACAGAGAGAUUUCUCUGUUAACAUUUGAGAAGAAGAUGGAAACUCCAACAUAUGAAUAUUAUGACAGCACUGGGCUUUUAGCUGAACCAUGCAUGAGGGUCAGUGACAAUAUUUUGGGAGCUCAACUGUCCAUCCUGUCCUACUUCAUGUUUGUCUUCAAUCUCACUGUCAAUGGCAUAGUCCUCAUCAUCAUCUACCGGUUUGAACAGCUGACCACUGUGACCAACAUCUUCCUGUUGAACCUGGUGGUGUCCUCCCUGAUCUUUGCGAGUAGUCUUCCAUUCAUGGCAGUCUACAUGCAACUCUCCAACUGGAUCUUUGGCACCGCUAUGUGCAAGAUUGUUGGCAGUGUCUACUAUCUAGGGUUAUAUAGCUCUGUCCUCUUCCUAGCUCUUCUUACCUUUGACCGACACCUUGCAGUUGUGUACUCGGUGGGUCUGUUACAAGUGAGGAAUCGAAGUUAUGCAGUAUUCUCCUGCGCUGUGGUGUGGGCGGUCAGUGGUUUGGCAUGUGUCAGACCAAUGAUUCUCCAUAAAAUUUUUACGUCUAAUAUUGAUAACAAAACUCUGUGUCAAGAAUAUCCUGGUUACAUUCCAAAUAUUGAUGUGGAUGCCUUGAGAUUAUCUGGGUUUUACAUUCAGCUUUUCCUUUUCUUUAUCUUCCCAUUGGUUGUAAUUGUCUAUUGCUAUGCAAGAAUCACAAUCACGGUUGUGUCGUCCAAGAUUGUAACAAGGUUCAAGACAGUCCGGCUGAUAUUCAUCAUUGUGCUGUUGUUUUUCAUGUGUUGGACCCCUUAUAAUAUUGUACUGAUGUAUGAUGAACCAACAAGCUGCGAGGAAGAACAGAAACAGGCCUAUGCGCUUCAAAUCACUCGUUACAUUGCCAACAUUUACUUUUGCAUCAGUCCCGUCUUCUACACGUUUGUUGGGAAGAAAUUCCAGAACUAUUUCAGGCAGCUCCUGGUGAAACACUUCCCAAAGUUAAAGAGACACAUUUCUGUUAGUCAAAACAGCAGAAGCAACAUGUCCACAAAAAGUACAAGAAACGAGUUUUAGAAAUGUUAUAUAUCAGUGUUUGCAAAUGUUUCACGAUUCAAGUUGGAGAUUAGUAAAGUUUGAUUACAUAUACGGGUAAAUUCAUACUAUGAUUGGAAUAGAAAAAUGGAUGUGAUGUAUAAGAAUUAAAUCAAUCUUGAGAUUUCAAAGAACUAGUGUCACCAAAAUGUUCCUGUGGUUCAGGUCAAAGCUGUUGUCAGAUUCAUAUUGAUGAGAUAAAACUCUACAUUCUAUUACUUCAGUCACAAUCUGCCAAAUAAGUCAUAUUUGACCAGUGUUCAGGCCUAACAGCAGAAGUUCUUGAAAUUUGACACACUAGUUCAUGGUAGUCAAACUAAUUUUAGUAAUACACAAAGAUAAUCAGAGUAAAUAGAGAUGCAGUUUUUUUAAUGAUAAUGUAAAAUAUCAGAAAAAUUGUUGUUUUUUUUAAACUUAACGGUUGUUUCAUGUCUAUCAGUCUUGAGUAAAUGCACUCUUCUUGAUUACUUGAUGAAAUCAACACUUUUAAAUCAAAAGGCUGUAACUUUCUCCAUUUCAUGUCCCGGAUAUUUUUUAACACAGAUGCUUUCCACUUGUUAUUUGUUGCUGAUGUGCUUCUUUUUUUCUGGUUUAUAAACAAUAUACACACUACCAUCGGCUCUGAAGCCAGCAUCACUGUUCAUAUAGUUUCUUGAAAACUGUACAUUGCCUGUAUUCUUACUAAAUAAAGAAAAAAGAAUAUGCUGUUAGAAACAG